AAGUUGACAAAUGUCAAUUUUGGGAAAAAUCUUAUAUUUGUGACUUCUGUUUGCGAAAACAAAAUCCCAAUAAUUUUAUUGGUACAACAAAGCUUUAAAACUUAGUGUUAGUCAUAGUUUGCAAAUAAAAAUAACAAUGCGUAUGUAGUAUGGUUAGCUGCUUAUAACAAGUGAUACUGAAGUUCUUUCACUUGUGUAUCGAACAAAAUUGGUAUAGUUGUACUAUACCUUAAUAUAAACACUAUGGCAGGCGACGAAGAUGAUAACACAUGGCUUAUUGAAUUGGAAUCUGCAUUAUUAGAUGGAUGUUCACCGCAGGAAAUCAAUGUUAUUACAAAAGGCAAAAAGAUUCCAGAUAGCCUUCGUCCUGAUGUUUGGCUUGUAUGUCUAAAUUGUCAAGAUGGUGUUAACCAAUUACUACUUUUUGAUGAAAUAUUUGAUUUACCAAAUCAAAAUGAACUACGAGAUGAUGUUAAGAAGUUUGUUCAAAGAUUAGAUAAUGAAGAUGAAGAGAAACUUGCAGUGAUAUCAGAUAUAGAGUCUAUAAUAACAUUUUAUUGUAAAUCAAAGUCAAUUUCGUAUUCUUCAACUAAUGGUUGGAUUGAAAUUCUGUAUCCAUUAUUAAGUUUGAAAUUACCAAGGUCUGAUACAUACAAUUUGUUUGAAAAAAUAAUAAAACUGUACAUUCCUAAAGGCUGUAUAACGAAUGGUGUCCCCUUUCAUAUUUUACGAUUGGUUUUACAAUAUCAUGAUCCAGAAUUAUGUUCCUUUUUGGAUACAAAACGAAUUACACCCGAACAGUAUUGUUUACCAUGGUUAAGAUCGCUGUUUGCUGGUACCUGUAAUUUAGAGGUAGUUCUUUUUAUGUGGGAUCUAUAUUUUCAAAGAUCAGACCCAUUUUUCAUCUUUUUUCUCUGCCUUAUAAUGAUUGUGAAUGCAAGAGAGCAGUUACUUCAAAUGAAAACUGAGGAAAAAUCCACUAUUAUAAGAACAUUAGUAGGCAUGCCUGGUGACUUGGAAGCCAAUGACGUGUCGGACUUCUGUUCUUUAGCACAUUAUUAUUCAUUGAAAACCCCACAAUCGUUCCGUGAGGAUGUUUUAGAAGUACUAUUUUCAGAAAGUGGUUUAGAAAUCAAUUCGAAACUUUAUUCCCAAGCUCUUUGUCUUCCUGUUGCUGUGCAUGAAUUAAUUGAGAGCGCUACAGUAGAUGCGGCAGAUGCGGACAGUGUAAAAUUUUUCUUGGUGGAUUGUAGACCAGCAGAGCAGUACAAUGCGGGCCAUUUAUCUACUGCUUUUCAUCUAGACUGUAAUCUGAUGUUGCAAGAACCGAAUGCUUUUAAUACAGCGGUACAGGGCUUACUGAACGCACAACGACAUGCAUUAGCGGCUGGCUCCCUCGCUGCCGGUGAACAUUUGUGCUUCGUCGGCUCAGGUAGAACCGAAGAAGAUAGCUACGCACAUAUGGUUGUUGCGUCAUUCCUAAAGAAAAAUACCAAACAUGUGUCGAUGCUUGAUGGUGGGUUUGUAGCGAUCCACGACUACUUCGGUCCUCAUAUGACUGAUUGUCUGGAAGAACAUAACGUUUCGACAUGUCUUGUGUGUGCUCCGAAUAAUAAUAAUGUCAAUAAUGAGCCUCGAAAAACGAAAGUCCGUGAAAAUGUACCAGCUAUACAACUUUUUAGUAAAUUAUCAUCGGCGAUGAAAGCAAAGAGUCAAGAGGUUAAGGGGAAACUAAUCGAAUAUAUUGUUAAUCCGAACGCGACUGUUAAUAAUGGAGAAUGGCAUGUUUCUGCCAAUGAUCGUAAAGAUCACAGAUACAGAAACGUUCCCCCCGUCUUCAGUAUAAACGAUGAAGAUGACGAUUCACAUUCCGAUUCACGAAGAGAUAUUAUGAGUACAGAUUCAUUAGAAGAAGUAGUCGAACUUCAAACAUUCCUGAAGUUACAGAAUGUUAUAGAUAACUUUCAAUGUCAAGAAGUUUUACUUAACGGUUACAUGUUUGAUUCCUAUUUGAUAGUCACAGAUACACACUUGAUUAUAUUACGUGAAAUUCCAAACAAACGUGGCUUUGCGAAAAUAUUAUCGCGAAGACCGCUUUCUACGAUUGUAAAAAUAACUGCCAAGAAGCGACAUCCAGAGCUAAUAACAUUCAAGUAUGGGAUACCAAAUGGCGAUGACCUACUUAUAAAAGAUAUGGAUCGUUUUCUUAUACCAAACGCGUCCGUAGCGACUAAAGUCGUCUCUAAUCAGAUCGUACAACAGCUAGAUAAUAAAAAUCAGUAAUUAGAUACCUUUUUCAUGAUAAGACAUCGAAUUGAGUCAUUAUCUUUUAAAUGUCGAUUACAUUUGUAGUAUGGAAACGUUAUUUAGGGUAAAAAUAAAUAUAAACAUUAUUUCUUAAUGAAGAUCUAACACAUGCAUAGAAAUAUGUCCAUAAUUCGAAUAAUUUAAAUAUUUAUUAGAAUUUUAACACAGAUUUAUUUAAAUUUAUUUAAAUCUACAGCAAAAUAUUGACUUACUCUAUAGAGAAACAUACACUACGCUAUUCCAAUCUUUUUUUUUAAAUUAUCAUUGUUUUGCACUAUUUCUAGUAAAGAUAAAAUGGUGUUAAAGCCAUAACAAUUAUAUGAAAAGCAUGUAGAAUUUAUGCGGCAAUAGUGUUCCAAUUACCGCUACGUUGAAUUUUAUUUUUAGAUUUACUUCGUAGUAUUGCAUCAAAGCCGUUUCAAUAUGAAUAUUAUCUUUAGUGUAUCAACUGUUUUAAAAAAAGUAUAAAUAAAAUAUUUCUAUGUUGCACAGUACAUAAAUAUGAUAAGAACAUCGAAUCACAGAUAAUACAAUACUAUUAGUAGAUUUUUUUUAUUAAAAUGUGUAUUUGUUACAAAUAAUCACAGCUUCAGUGUUCAAUAACUUUUGUCUAUAGAAUAAGAUCGCCGGUAAUAGACAUUAGAUGAUACGUGCAUUUGCGAAACGCACAAAAUCUAACUUGCCAUGAAUGUUUUAUAAAAUUUAAUAAAUAGAAUUGAAUUAAAUGUGGCAUAAAGAGGCAUUUUAAUAGUACCUGCUUCCUAUUUAAUUUUUAUCAGUACUUUAAUUAAUAAAUUUCAUUUUUCCUAAUUAAAAUCCUAUAUUUUCGUUUCGUAUUCCUAAUUCAAGUAUUAUCUUAAGAUUAAAAAAAAAGAUUUUAUUUUAUAAAAAUAACAAUAUUUGAUCUCUGAUUUAUAUAAAUUACGGAUAUUGAACAUUUGUUAAUUUUAAAAUUAACCUACGUUUCCAAUUAUAAAUUAUUCCAAGAAUUUUUCAAUUAGAUUACCGUCUUAUAAAGCUUUAUCAAUUAUUAAAAUAUGUAUUUGUAAUAAGUGACAACACGAAUGUUUUAUAAUUAUGUAGAUAUGCACAUUUUGUAUUUUCAAUUAUAUCCGACC